UGCUACAUCCACUAUUGAUAUUUGAAGGAAUCACAUCAAUAUAUGCACCUCUUUGAUUAAUUACCUCCCUUAUGAAAUUUGUACUAAUUUAAGCUUGGCUUAGUGAUGGGGUGGUCUAGGAGACCCAUCAUUAGGAGGCCUUCUCAAGAGAAUGUCAGAAGGUAAGUCCUUGCCCUUAACCACCUCCUGAUAGACAGCAACCUAUCCUCCUCCUCUUCAGUUGACAAGCCUUCCUGGUCUCUCUCCGCAUCCAAGAGCUUCUCACUUAAAUCCUUAUACUCAUUCUUAGUUGAUGGAGAAGAAUCCCAUAACCAUCUGUUCCUUUCUUGUAUCCUUGCCAGCCAAGUCUGGCCCCAGCUCUUGUCGAGGAUUGGCAUCAGUGCAAUUCCUCCUGAUAUCCCUUAGUGCUUUGCAUUAUGUUCCGACAGUUCAGUCCAUGCUUCUGUGCGUCUUCUCUGGGGCAUCUGUUUUCCUACAGUCUGUUGGAUCCUAUGGACAGCUCGCAAUGAUCGCAUCUUCUCUAACUCAAUCACCUCUUCUCAUCAAAUCAUCUCCAAGGCAGUUUACUUUAGUUAUUCUUUUCUGGGCAGGUGCUUCUUCUUCUAAGAAGGCAAUCAAGUUGAAGAACAUCAUUCGUACCUCUGGGCUGGCGGAUAUUAUCGAAUCUAGUGAGGACAACAGCGACAUCCCUUGAGUUGCGGUUAUAGCUCUUUGAUAAUUUUGUUUUUUUUUUCGUUAUGUCAGUAGUUGUAUUUAUUAUAUAGACAUUUACUAGUGAUUGGUAUUUUACUCUACCUUGGAGUUGUUGCUCCAAUCACCAGUAGAUAUCUACUUUUGUAAUCCU